CCCAACUCCGAACGGAAAACUAAAACCUCUCUGCCAUGGCGCUUAAAAACCUCUGCACUGUCCUGCCUUCUCUCUCUAUCUCUAUCCCACACCACUUUUCACUCUUCAACCCGAAAUUUUGCCAAUUGGACGCAAAGCCUCCGCUUAUAAUUUGCGAAUUUUCGAAAUCACAGACACAAGCAUCCCGGAAACCAUCAUCUUCAGAUGCGCAUUUCACAGACUACGGGCAGGUGGAACCAGAAGGCACCGGCGCAGCGGCUCCAACACCCGGAGAGAGGCACCUUGAACAUCAGAUGUCCGCUGAGGCGCUGAAACUGGUCCUCAAAGAGAACAAGAAGGAGUGGAAGAAGCAAAAGAGAGAGAAGGUUGUGAUGAAAGCUUCUUUGGCGGUUGCUUGUUGUUAUGGGUGUGGAGCUCCGUUGCAAACUUCGGAGAUUGAUGCCCCUGGUUACGUGGAUUUGAAGACUUAUGAAUUGAAGAAGAAACAUCACCAGCUUAAAACCAUUCUAUGUGGGCGGUGCCGACUUUUGUCUCAUGGACAGAUGAUAACUGCUGUUGGUGGACAUGGAGGAUAUGCUGGUGGUAAACAAUUUAUUAUGGCUGAAGAGCUUCGAGAAAAAUUGUCUCAUCUACGCCAUGAGAAAGCCUUAAUUGUUAAAUUGGUUGAUAUUGUUGACUUCAAUGGCAGUUUUUUGUCUCGGGUGCGUGAUCUUGCUGGUGCCAAUCCAAUAAUACUGGUGGUGACUAAGAUUGAUCUCCUGCCGAGAGAUACUGAUCUUAAUUGUAUUGGGGAUUGGGUUGUAGAAGCUGUCACCAAAAAAGGGCUAAAUGUUCUCAGUGUUCAUCUCACCAGUUCUAAAUCAUUAGUUGGAAUAGCUGGAGUGGUAUCAGAAAUCCAGAAAGAAAAGAAGGGACGUGAUGUGUACAUACUGGGGUCAGCUAAUGUUGGGAAAUCUGCAUUCAUUAACGCUUUACUGAAAGUAAUGGCAAUAAAAGAUCCAGUUGCUGCAGCUGCACAGAAGUACAAACCAAUACAAUCUGCUGUCCCUGGAACUACCCUGGGGCCAAUUAAAAUUAACGCCUUUCUAGGAGAGGGGAAUCUAUAUGACACUCCUGGAGUUCAUCUCCACCAUAGGCAAACUGCGGUUGUUCAUUCUGAAGAUCUUCCCUGUCUUGCUCCUCGAAGCCGACUGAGGGGUCUAUCUUUCCCGAAUUCUCAGGUAUUCAAGGACGACGCAGGCGCAGAUCAUUCCAAAUCAAAUGGCUUAAAUGGAUUUUCAAUAUUUUGGGGAGGGCUGGUCAGAAUUGAUGUCUUGAAGGCUCUGCCCGAAACAUGUUUGACGUUUUAUGGGCCCAAGGGCCUUCAGAUUCAUAUUGUGCCCACGGAGAAUGCAGAUGAGUUUUACCAGAAAGAAGUUGGAGUUCUGCUGACCCCACCAACUGGAUCACUAAAGGCUGAGAACUGGAGAGGACUUGAAUCAGAACGUAAUUUGCAAAUAAAAUUUGAAGAUGCGGAGAGGCCCGCUUGUGAUGUAGCUAUAUCUGGUCUGGGAUGGUUUGCUGUUGAACCAGUUGGCAGAUCACACAGAAUCUCAGAAACAAUAUCUGCAGAAACUUCUGGGGAAUUGCAUUUAGCAGUGCAUGUUCCCAAACCUGUUGAGAUUUUUGUGAGACCACCAUUACCAGCUGGCAAGUUUGGAGCGGAGUGGCAUCAAUAUAGGGAAUUAACAGAAAAGGAAGAGGAAACCAGACCAAAAUGGUUCUUUUGAAUAUGCUGUGUCUUCUGCCCUAUGCAAAUCUUAUAUUCUCUUACCAGAACUGCACUUCGAGCCUACCUCGCUGAGU